AUGUGCGCUGAGGCAAAAUGUUUCACGGCGUCCUAUGAGGUGGCGUCUCUCGGCAGCGCUUCACCAAGCAUGAUCGGUGGCGCAGGAUCCUGCGCGGACUCAAGCACGGCUACAUCUCCUUUCGCCUGGGACAUGGAUGGAGCGCACACUCACGCGCUCGUGUCUCCGGUUUUGCUGAACGGCAAGAAGAAAAGCGGACUUUUAUCCGGGUUGAAGAAGAUGUUUUAUCACCAGAGCUCGAAGGCCGAAGGCCGCGCUGCGACAGGCGAGGCUGUUGUUCCCAACAGCCCCAUGCCCCCCAUGCGCCUUGACCAUGCUGCCUCCUCCUCCUCCUCCUCCUUCGCCAACCUCGCGCUCUCCGCCGACAUCGAAACCGCCUAUCCCACCACCACCACCGCCACCACCACCAGCAACAGCGGCACUGGUGGCGGCGGUGGCGGCGGCGCCGGUUCCCAGUCCGCAGGCAAGCUGGUUCACAGCGCCCAAUCCCCCCAGCUAGUCGUUAAGCGCAUGUACAAGGGCGCCACGUCGGCGGUGUACCGGGCCACGUGCCUCCGCUCCGGAACCACUGUGGCACUCAAGGUGUACUUCCUGAGCAAGGUGCCGUACAAUGUCGUACACAUGAUCCGGCGGGAAAUCGAGCUGCAUGUGCCGCUGGUGCACAGGAACAUCAUCAUGCUGUACGCGGCAUUUCAGGACGAGGCCCCCGAGGUGGAGCGAUGCCCCCUGAAACAUGCCCCCCAGGACAAUAAAAACAACCCGAACUUGUCGUACACACCCGCGAUAGACAUUUGGAGCGUGGGUGUAUUGGCGUACGAGAUGCUCGUGGGUUUCCCGCCCUUCGUAUCUAACAGCCAAACCGACCCCGAGGUGGCCACUCGCAAGUCACUGCGGUUCCCCGCCUCCGUGUCGGGCGCCGCCAAGGACUUCAUCAUGACGACACUCAACGAGAACCCGCAGGACCGACCCACGGCACCGCAGCUGAUGAAGCAUCCGUGGCUGUUCAAGGCGGCGCGGGCUCAGCACCGUCUCGCUUCGCGACUGUCCAACUCCAAUCUUGUGGCGGUGCAAUACUAG